GUACUUUUGUUUGUUUAUUUUCACAUUUUGGGUUUUAAGGGCCAGGGUUUUACUUCUUCGUUCAAUCUAGCAAAACAUCCAAAGUUCGAUUUCUUCCUUUUCCUUUAACCUAGCAAUUCAACCACGCCGCAGAUUCAUCCUCGUGCGUAUGGUGAUUUCACUCAUCCUUCUCCUUCUACCGUGAUUCUUCAGGUUUCUCUGUCCAUUUUUGUUUGUAAAAAACCUUCAUUGUUGUUAUCGUGAAAUGCAUAUGAGGAAGCCGCGACAGUGAUGCGCGUCCCACCUGGCAUCACUGUAGCGGCCAGCGGCGACUCUGUUCCGUACCGCCGCAAUCGCGCCACUAUUGGCCGCGAUUAACCACCUAGAUUUCAGAGGUGCAGAGAUGAUGGGUUGGAAUUCAAACUAUGAAUUCAGUAGCCCUUUUAGGUCUAAGGAAAAGGGUAGUCAACAAAAUUUCCCAUUUUUUUGUUAUUCGUCGGAGAUUAUGUAGCCACACGUUUGAUGGUAAUAAUGGGUUUGAAUGCAUUGAGGAGCCUUUGAAAAAAAUAGUUUCAGAUUUUGAUUCUACUUUAGAUGAAAGGAUCAAUGAUUCAAACUGUGAUCAGAAGCCCUUUUCACUUAGAAAAGGGUUCUUAGAUUCUGUGAAGUUAGAUGCUAAGAAGGCCCUUGAGGUUUUAAGACAAGAUGGUCCUGGUCUUGAUGCUAGAUUGAUUUUAGAGGAGUUGAGUAUAAGACCUUCGGGGAUUCUUGUUAGAGAGGUUCUCUUCGGAAUUUUGAAGAGCAUAAAUACUGAAAAUAAGACCAGGUGUGCAAAGCUGGCUUAUAAGUUUUUCGUGUGGUGUAGUCAGCAAGAGGAUUACCGGCACACUGCGAAUGCCUAUCACUUGAUUAUGAACAUAUAUGCUCAAUGCGAAGAGUUUAGGGCGGUGUGGAGGUUGGUUGAUGAGAUGAUUGAGAAAGGUUAUCCGGCUACUGCGCGUACUUUCAAUGUUUUGGUUCGGACUUGUGGCGAGGCAGGGUUGGCUAAGACGUUGGUGGAGAGGUUCAUAAAAUCGAAGAACUUUAGCUAUAGGCCUUUUAAGCAUUCCUACAAUGCAAUUCUACAUAGUUUUCUUGUAUUAAACCAAUACAAUUUGAUUGAGUGGGUUUAUGAACAGAUGUUGCUUGAUGGUUUUUUGUCAGAUGUUUUGACUUAUAAUAUUGUUAUGUAUGCCAAGUAUAGACUUGGAAAGGUGGAUCAGUUUCACAUACUGCUUGACGAGAUGGGUAGAAAUGGAUUUUCUCCGGAUUUUCAUACUUUCAACAUUCUUCUUCAUGCUCUUGGUAAAGGGGAUAAACCACUUGCCGCUCUUAAUCUUUUAAAUCACAUGAGAGAAACAGGUAUAGAGCCAACGGUACUUCAUUUUACCACAUUGAUAGAUGGACUCAGCAGAGCCGGGAAUUUGGAUGCUUGCAAAUAUUUUUUCGAUGAAAUGACAAAGAACGGGUGCAUGCCAGAUGUGGUGGCUUACACUGUUAUGAUAACGGGAUAUGUAGUGGCUGGUGAGCUUGAGAAAGCACAGGGAAUGUUUCAAGAGAUGAUUUCCAAGGAGCAAGUUCCAAAUGUUUUUACUUACAAUUCCAUGAUUCGGGGGUUUUGUAUGGCAGGAAAAUUUGAUGAAGCACUCUCAAUGUUCAAGGAAAUGGAAAAGAAAGGUUGUAGUCCAAACUCUAUUGUCUAUAUUACAUUAGUGGAUUGUUUGCGGAAUGCCGGAAGGGUUGCUGAUGCUCGUGAGGUGAUAAGACAAAUGAUGGAGACAGGGAAGUAUGCCCACUUACUUUCAAGAUUCAAAGGGUUUAAGAUGUAGUCGUAAAUUAGACUUGCAAAUCGGACUUUUUAACUCACGGGGCAUUUGACUCUUUGUUUGGUUAACCUAGACCAACUACCUGCUACGUCUUCAGCUGGUUAGAUGCUGGAGAAAAAAAUUGUACGACUAAGUCACCUGGUUUGUUGGUGCAUUUCCAAGAGUCCGGAGCAAACAGCCAAAAAUAUUGCAAAUACAAUUGUGUGUUUAAUUAUGCUACCUUCCAAAAUCAGGCCCAAAUUGGUUGCUUUUCUUUGUAGCUUCAAGACAGCCAUAGUCUCCUUAUAUAUUCCAUGAAAAACAUAUCCUUUGUAUUAAAAGGUUAUUGUCAUGGUUUAUUUAUUGGCUCUAUAUUUGCUGUGCUCAAACAAGACACGCUUCUUCUGUUCCCGACUUUGAUUGAUGAUUGUUAGAGCAGAGCCCAGGGUGCCAGACUAGUUGGGAUUCCUUCCCCAGAUUGAUGCCUCUGCAUUUCAUUUUUUUGCAUAUAAAAAGACAGACUUCUGUCAAUAUGCAUAGUAGGAUCACAAAGUACAAACAGUUAGGAUGCUAUGCUAAGUCCAAACUAAACAGUCAUGGUUAUUUAUUAUGUUGGUAAACAAUAAUAAAUAAAGCUGCCGAAUCUUCGUUUUCCAAGCCCAGUUCUGUUAUUUACAAGAAAGCACAGACUGAUAAUGGUGGAGGUACUUCAGUUUUCUGCUUAUGCUUCUCACAAUUCAGAGUCCUUAUCGAUCAUUCCAUUUCAGUAAAGCCAUUCUUCAGAUUCAUAUUCACCAUAUCAGUUAAAGUUACUAUUAAGAAUUCCAUAAGAUCCACGAGGCAUCCUGUGCAUAAAGAUUGGAAAGAACCGAGGCCAAUCACACACUGAAAAGAAUUUCGUUCAAACCCUGAAAUAAUCAAUUCAAUCGGAUUUCUAAGUACGCUUUUGUUGAAAAGGGAGCUGAAGCCAUUGUACCUUGCUUUGCUUUCAGGAAACCCAAAUGGGAAGAUAAGUACCUGAGCCAUUGUGAAAAGGGAAGAAGGGUGUGAAAAACAAGCAAGAGGAGAAUGAAGGCUUGAGAAUACAAUGUAAGACGUGUGGUUGUGGUUGUGGAUGUCUUGUUUUAUUU